AUGGCCGAUGCCCCCACGCGGUUGAGCCAGGAGCCCGGUAUGGGUGGACGUUUCGAGGAGCCAGAUACUGACCAAGAGUCAUCGAGCGACGAGGGCUCGCAGCUCUCGGAACCCGCUCCGCCCAAGAACAGCCGCGAGGAACCCAAAGACUGGGACUCUUCCUCCUCGGAGGCCACAUCGGACUCUCUAUCGCCAGAGGCUGUUCACGCCGAGGAGCUGCGGCGGGAGGAAAUUCGAAAAGGCAAAGCGAAGCAAACCCCUUCGCCCACUACCGAUGGCCCCUCACCGCCACCUCGCGGUGGAACCAAGAGGUUGAUCAACGAGGCGCUUGGCCACAUAGACGAUAUCGGGAUCGAAGUCAAGGCGGGGCACUACGACCUGAUUGCGUGGGAGGUCUGGGACUCCGAACAGGAUGCAUCCAUCAACCCCAAGCUAACAAGCUACGAUCAAUCAACCCCGCAGCCUCAGGAGGGCGAGAGCUCUUCAUCAGCACCAGAGCCGGGAUUGGGGUCAGAAUCCGGAUCCGGGUCGGAAUCAGGACCGGGGCCAGCCGAACCGCCGCCUCCCGGCUUUGUUGCCAGCGUCGAGAACGGGAGCGGCUCUCCUACUAAAGACAUGGGCGUCAAGACCCGCAACGCAGUCAUCCUCCCCGAACUGUGGGAAUUGGUGAUUGAGCCGGGCAUGCUCAUCUCCAUGGUUCUAUGGCCCUGGAAGAAGAAGAAGAAGAAGCCACCAGGCAACCCUAGUUCCUCCAACUCUGGCUGGUCAUCCGCCGCCUGGAACUGGCCGAGGAGCCUGGCAGAUUUUGCCACCGCCCCGGGCUUCGCCAAACACCCUCGUAGCCAGAGGCGUGGCGCCGAAGACGAGAAAGAGGCAGGGUAG